AUGGCUCAGAGGGAGCGCCUCGUGGUUGGCGCUGGGAACCUGCCCAAGUACUGCUCACUCCCACCCCGGAAGAGCAGGGCCGAUGCAGCCAGGCAGGCGGACCGCCACCAUGUUAACCAGAGCCUGCGCAGGGAGCCUGGCCCCGCCCACACUUGGGUGUCAGCCCGGGGAUACGAGUGUGGGACUUCUGGCUUCCAGAUCUGUGAGAAGAUCGACCUGAGGUCAGCCACCCAGUCUGUGGCCCUCUGUUACGGCAGCCACGGGACACUGGUGCUUUCUGCACCCGGAGAGCGGAGACUGAUGCCUCCUUCCCGGUGGUGGUGGGUGGAGGUCUGGGCAAAGGAGACCAGCCCCUCCGCAGCUGCCCCCCAUGGCCCAGGAGCGACAUCCCCACUGGCUACCUGGGGGCUGGGGGGUGCGUGCUCUCUGCACCUCACGCCGCGCACAUGCUCUGCUCCUUUGGUAACAGGAGCACACGGCCCUGGACGCCGGGCCAUGCGGCUGGGCUCCCAGCCCCCACGUACUCCCUGGGCUGUCCUGAGUGCUCGGGGGCGCUUGGCCUCUGUCGCAUCUCACUUCGUCUCCCCACCUGCCCACAGUGCAGCUGGUGUGGCCCCGGAGACCUUCAGGGACCUGCCCAGGGUCAUGAGCUUCAGGAAGGACAGAACUGGACGAAACCCCAGAAGCCACGCAGCAGGAGUGCCGCCAGUCGGAGGGUCAGCACUGCGGACAGCGGACAGCGCCCUGCGGGAACCCCGGGGACGUGCCUAUGCAGGACUGAAGUGGCCUCAUAAGUCAGCCAUUGUCGUCCUCCGCGGAGUUGCGCGUCAGAGCGUUUCCUGCACUUCUCACCGUGAGACGCUGUGUCGAGGCAUCUGGCGCCUUGUGAGAGCCCAGCGCCUUCCUCCCGCCCCCAGCCUGGCCUUGGGCUGUCAGGGCACAGGGCAGCUCCUGGGGACACCAGCUUGGGCAGCAUCAGGUGAAACAGCUCCAGGUGGACGUUCCGGGACAGAGAACACACGCCCCAGGGUCCACUCGCAGCCCUGAUUACACCCUAGACCCACUCCUGCUGGCCUCAUCUUGAGCUCCAGACUGUCCACGUGUGGCUGUGCCACGGGCACAGCCAGCAACAUGGCCAGAGCCGAGAGCAAGUCCUCCCCACGCCUGGGGCAGAUCCGGGAUAGGGGCCCCCACGAGCCCUAGGCUCCUCAGUCCACCAUCUGCUCCUGCCCCCCCCCCCCCCCCCCCCCCCGCGUCCAUCCUCAAGCCCUGGCCCUAAUCGGAUCAAGGAGCGUUUCUGCUGCCCUCCCCCAGGCCACAGCAUUGACCUCUUGCCAGGAGGGCGGGCUUCGGGUUGGUGGCUGACCUGCCCCUGAGGCCGUGGCCCUGUGAUGUCCUGGGGGAGGGGGCCUCUCAUGGGGCCUCUGGGCAGCUGCCUGUGGCCCCUCUGCCCGUCCCAGGGUCCCCGGCCCUCAGGGUGGGUUGUCAGUGGGGGAGCCAAGACCCCUGGGGCUCUGCCAGUGCACCUGUGAAGUGACCGAAUGCCCCUCCUGGGCCUCCAGGGAAGGGGCCUCCUGGCUUCCCAGAGGCCCCAAGCUGGACUCCUCCGGGAUGACCAGCCCUGUGCUGGGGAGCCGGGUGUGGGAGGCUGUUCUUUAGCACAGUCUCCCCCCACCUCCACCCCCCGGGGCCUCACUCCGGGGGUCUGAUUAUAAGGAGUUUGUGCCCUCCCACCCCCCACUGCCUGUCCCAGGCCCAAAACACUAGCCUAAUUAUGCAUGUAAUUAGCUGCUUGCUUGGCACCCUCAAAAUUAGCAAGUGGCUAAUUGUGCCUGUAAUUAUGAACUGCACCCGUAAUUAACCGUGUGACUUUUUGUUAUGCAUGUUAUUGUGGAUGCAAAUUUGUGCCUAAGUAAAGGCCGGAGGGAGGUCGGGAGAGUCAGCUCUGCCGGGGGCUGGGGUGCAGGGAGCAGCCCCCUUGGCUCAGGUCUGGCUGGCCCACUUGGUAGCAGGCGAGCAGGGUGGCCCCUCGGGCUUUCUGAACUCAGUUUCCUUGAGGAGGGCGGGGCGUCUGCCGGCCCAGCCUGGUCGGGCUGGGGUGCGCGGCCUCUGCCGGCCAGCACUGCGCUAGAGGCCUGGCUGCGGGGCAGGGGAGGUGUGAGCCACCCGUGGGGCAGUGGCAAGCCAGGAGGCAAGGGGCAGGUCAUGUGACUGAGCUGGGCCAAUCAGAGCGCUUCUGAGGCCCACCCGGCCUGGCUGGGUUCCCAGCAGACGGAGAGCCUCCACGGCGGCGGGGAGGCGGCCAGGGCCUUGAGACGACCCGUGGGGCAUGAGGACUCUCAAGGUGACCCUGGCCGUCCGUGGCAUCACGAAGGCAGGAGAACCUGCGGGCUCGACGUAGAGCUUCUAGAACCUGGAAACGUUGGCACCUGCGGCCUGUGGGCUUUCGUUUGUAUGCUUUCCCCGGCCUCACAGAUGGGAGGAUCGUGCCUGGUUUCGUUCACGCGCGUGCUCCCGGAGCCCAGAACCGUGCCUGGGACACAGCAGGGGCCCCAGAAACGUCUGCCGGAUGAACAGACCCCGCUCUCGACACCGAAGCCCCGUAUCCGGCCACCUGCUGUCCGGGGGCACCACUGGCUUCUCGAAUGCUCGGAGAAACACAAGUCAGGUUGAGCCGACUAUUUAAAACGGGGACUUUAUUUACUCGUCUGGAGCAGUGCGCCAGGGCCCCGACUCCGCUCCAGCACAGGGCGGCUCCGCAAAGCCGCUACUCAGUUUGGAACCAAGACUGCCGGGCACUAAAAACACAUUGAGAAAACAUCGACGCUCUUCCCUUUUUUUUUCCCUUGGCUUUUUUUGUUUUUGUUUUUGUUUUUGCUUUUUUGGUACAAAAUGAUACAAACAACAAUACAAAAUAGUUGUGCUGUUGACGGUUACAAAAAAAGUUGGGGCGUCUGCCUAACUCAGAGUUGCAGUGGGGACACGUCAUACUCCGGUAUCUUUCCCCAAAACAACCACAGUCAUGCGGGCUGCUACACAUUUUGUCCAUUUUCAAAAAGAAACAUGCAAAAAACAAAAAUCAGAAUGGAAAAAGGAGAGAAAAGGAAAAGCAAAACGCGUUCCAAUUAUACACAGAGGAGGCUCCCCGCUGGGCAGAACCUGUCUUACGCGUGCGCCGGGCCGUGCGAGCGCUUCCGCAGGACGCGCUGGGUGUGGCGCUGUCUACGCGAGACCUUGCGGGUUUUUUGGUGCCUUUUCUAGCACUGACAAAGAGUGAGACUCCCCUCCCCUAACUUUGUACCUUGGAGAGGACAGAGGCGCCCCGUGCAUCAGCCGGUGCUCACGCUAGGGAAACUGAGGCAUCGCGAGGCCCUGACGUUUGGCUGUCUGGGAGGCCCAGACAGAUGCGGGGGUCCUCGGCCGGGGUGCCCGCCGACCACGGCCGCGUUCUCGCCUCCACCCUGCGGUGCAGGUGUGUCCUGUUCCCAGAACGAAAUUCCCUACAGAAACGAAACUGUGCCCUGGCACUUUGCCAGUGCCGAGUCUGGGCCUCCGUGGCCCCGAUCACGGGCACGUGGGGUCCGUGAGAGAGGCGUCUGACGCUGCUUGCACACUUAGCUAAUGCUAGCUUGACCUCGGAACCUGUCCCGAGGCGGAUGUGGGAGGGCAGGGGAACCCCAUCUUUCUCUGGCCCCCGAGGACUGCGGGGGCGAGCGAGAGGGGCAGCCGUCUAGACAUUUGGAAGCCGGGAUGGGUGUGAGAAGUCCCCCGUCAACAUCCGCCCAGCUGGCGGCCACAGCCUCAGCCUGGCAGGAUUUAGGCAAACUGCAUCAGGGGCCGGGUGGCAGUGAGGGGCAGGGGUGUGGGGCGAGGAGGCAGGGGAGACAGGCACCUGUGCUGGGGUCCACGGGACCGGUGUGCAGGAGGCCGGGUCCCGGGCCAGGCCUGGCACGUCCGUCCCUGAGGAAGCCCAGGGCCCCGGAAACCCGAGAGAGUCGGGAUUUCAGAGGAGAAUCCACAGCUGCCUCGGUGCCCGGACCGUGUUCACACUUAGAAGUUCAACAGGUGGAUGAACUUUCCAAAAACAACAAAACACACAAGAUUCCAGCUCGCCUCCAUCAGUCCUGACCCCACCAGCAAUCCCUCGAAUGGCCACGUCCCCAGACACAGGGACAGUCCUUGCCUGGCCCCGAGGCAUCUGCAUAGCUCGGCUUUGGACAGGGGUCCUAGUCCCCCUUUACAGCCCCCCCCCCCCCCCACCGAGAUUGCCGUCUGCAUAGACGGGGCUUCCAGCGUGUGACACAGUGACUGUCUUUGUCCCUCCCUUCCUCCCCAGGCAGGGGGAGGGGGUCAGGGGCAGAACCCACUUCAGCCUCACCACCAGCCGGCCACACACCAGUGCUCACGGCCCCAGCUCAGCUCUGGGAGAACGGCGGAGUUGGCAAGGAGUUUGGCACGCGGAGGAAGCCUGCCGUCCGGUGGGGACAAACCCAGACCCACUGCACACACGCACACACACACACACACACACGCCCCCAUGUACACCUCUGAGGCCAAAGCUGUUUGGAAAAGAGGGUGACCACAGGCAGGGGGACAGGCCAUAGGCUGAGACUGCAUCAAAGACAACCAGACGGACAGCACGGACAGCAAGCUGAGCCCUAGCCCUCCCUACCUCCCCAAGCCCUUGAAGCUUUUCCUCGAGGCUCCAGGGUGGGAAACCGAGGCAAGCCAGCUUCCCCGAGGGCACCCCAGUGCCAAGUCCCGCCCUCAGCCAGUGUACCCUUCGGCCCCUUUCUUGGGGAGCCUGUGAAUAGACCAGGGUUCUCCCGCGAGGCUGUCUUCUCCCACCGGGGAUCAAGGAGCCUCUUCUCACCCAGAGAACAAACGCGGUGGGGUCUCCCCAGUGGGCCCCGGGGACACGGCGCCUUUCACGUCCUGCGGAACUGACUCUCGAGUCUGGCGUAUACGUCGGACCUGCCUGUGCAAAGGGCUGUUGCAACUCUCGGGAGUCUGAGCAGCUGCUCGGGGCUGAGCUGGGUCCAAAGGAAAGGAGAUGGGCUGCUGUUUCAGGUGGGUGCCGUCCAGACACAUCUGUGGGACCCAUGGCACAGCAAUGUCAGGGCAGCCUGGCCACUUGGAGCAGGUCUUUGCUGUGCACGUGAGCUCAGGAGCAUCGGAGACUCCGAUGCAGAAGGGCUGUGGCUUGUGCGGGUUCCCGGCCCUGCCUGCCGUCCGCACGGCCCUCACGGAUGUGUCCGGUUCUCGGGGGCUGGGCCUCUGACGGGGUCCUUCGGGAAUCCAGUCGCGAGGGGCGGAGGGCUCAUGGCAGGGUUUUCGGGGAUGCUGGCUGGUUCGGGCUGUGGCUUCUUGGGACGCUGUAUUCUUCCGGACCAAAGGCAACGGGGACUUGGGUGGAGUUUGGGGUGACAGUUGUCUCUGGGGAGGGACCCGGGGACAGCCGAGGGAAGAGAUGGUGAGCAUCAGAGAAGCCCCUGGGAACCCCACCCGCCCCAGCUAUUUACAGCGUCUAGAGUCGGAGGGCAGCCAAAGACGCGUUGAAAGCCAAGUGCACACAGCGGUGCGUCUGGUGGACAGGCCUGGCCCGCCCCCGGGGAACUUUCUGCGGCUGGGUCUCCUGCAGCCCUCCAGCCUCAAGGACACCUGAGGGCCCAGGAGACCCCCACCGUGUAGAGCAACGCUUCAGGGCUCGGAAGGGCCGUUGGGAUUUGGACCCCAAACUGGGUUUUCUUCGUAAAUUUUGUAAAGCAAAUCACCCACUUUAAAAAAAAAAAAAAAAAAAAA